UUCUACGCCAUCUCGAAGACCGUGCUUCGAGUUACAAUAUUACGUUAUCAACAUCGGUGUACUCUUCUUCAAUUUAUCAAAACCCCACUGCAUCGAGGUUUUAGGACCGACUUCAGUUCAACCAUCUACGUACUAAAUAACGUCGUCGUUAGCUGUUGAUUGUUGUAGUAGUGAGGUGAACUAACGUCGUUGGCUAGCUGGUUAAAGUUAGCCUACUUACCACUUUCGAAAAAAUUAAACUAGCUAGUAUCGUUGAUGUGUCCUACCCUCUCCACUUUGAAGUCAUGUUGGGCGAAUCACUAAUACAUAUUGAACCACAUCUGGACAACGUUGAAAACAAUAAGCCAUCCAUUUUGACUUCCUACCACGUCGGGGCAAGCCUAGGCAAAACAAGGCAAGCACUGUUGAAGAAAGGUGGGAGAAAAUUGCGUUCAACAACGUCAGGGUUACAACGGACACACCAACAACCGCGCCAAAAAACGCUGAGAAACAACCCCACACGGCUUGCAGACAUCAACAACAAUGUCGCAGCUUGUAAAGCCCCAAGUGCCGAACUCACAACCCACCGGACCCAGGCGACUGUGCUGACCUGUCACCAUCUAAAGCAGGGGACAAAGAAAGAGCUGCUGAAGUCAAAAAAUGGGAGAGUGGAGAGGGCCACAACACCAGGUGACCAGUCUGUCCACAACCUCGAUAGACUCGAUCAAGCUGCCCAAAAUCUCAACACCCGGAGCCAAAGGAGCAGGCACGUUAAUGCACCUUGCAAUGCUCCCUCAGUACAGAAAUAUGACAACAGCUGCCACACAAAGCCCAAUUCUGCUCCCUUCCAGCUCCUCCGUAGAGAGAAGAAUCCCUUCAACUCAGUUAACAAUGUCAAGAUUGUGACUGUAUCCCCAGCUGAGCUUGUACCUGAGGAUGAGCUGAAAGACGGAGAGAAGAUCUAUGCUGGAGCUAAAUUUAGCGAGCCCCCGUCUCCAAGUGUCCUGCCCAAACCACCGAGUCAUUGGGUCGGCGAGACUGCCCCCCAACAUUCCGACCACAGCCGAGAGCAAAUUACGUUUCAUUUGAAGUCUCUGCUGAAGGUUCAAGAUAAACCAUGAUCUCAAUGGAUGGAAAAUCUUAUCAAAAAGAUCCGUCUAUACCUGAUCAAUGACAAAUUUGGCACCGAAGAAUUUGGACUCUGAAAGAACUGGAACUAUAACUUAACAGCAAUAGAAUGUAAUGAGUUUUUGAUCUGUAAUACAAUUUCACGUGUUCUGAGCAAGCGGCCUUGUUUUUGGGGGGAUUUUUUAUGAACUUGUGUAAAUGUAUAUACUGUAAACAUGUAAUAUAAGUGUAUAUUUUUCAUGUUAUUUUAACAGAAAGUAUAGUUUUGUUACUGAAGCCUAAAAAACAUGUUCACCUUGAGCUGGUGCACUUACUGUUCCAAUAAUGGGCUGCAGUGCCCAUUGGGACAUAUUAAACGUAAGAAAGAUUAUCUUACAGAUUUGCACAAGACUGACUGAACCAACAUGAGUCACCACAAUGGCAAGCAAGAAUAGUUGUGUGAAGGUUUGGGGUUCUGUGAACUUCAGCCCACCAGUUGUGACUGCUAUUGCCUUGAAUGCACUGCAGGGAGGACCCACAAUCUUCAGGGAACUCUCUGGAAGGACGGUCUUGAAGACGGUAACCUCGUCCCCAGGCUCAACGACAAAGGGAGCCAGCUGGGUGAACGACAUCAAGAAGAUGGAGUGACAAAUGUGAGUCUCAAAAUCAAAAAUUCCCCCUCUGAUGACGAGGACAACUGUGCCGCUGCAGGAAACAGACAAAUUCAGCACGAGCACCGACUGAGUGCCCUUUGUUUUGAAUCUCUCCAGCACUGACACAUUUCUGUUUUUUGUUUUUCCUUUCAUUGGCCCCCUGAUCACCAGUGUUGUUCCAUCUAAAGCGCUGAGAAUGUUUACCGGAAGAAAGAUGAAUGACAUGGUCUUUAUUAUUAUGUAACACACAUUUGACCCCUUCCCUCUAGAGCUAGGCAGCUGCUAGUUCUUGUUCCUUCACUCCGUGUCACACAAAAAUGAAAUUGUAUUACUGUACCAAAGAUUGAAUUUUGUUUUUUGCAAAUGUUCAAAAAGUUAAGUCCAGUGACUAAAUGUGUAUACAUCUUAAAGCAAUACUCUCUCUUUGCAAUUAGAAUUUAAAUUUUAUGAUGCAUUUCAUAUCUAAAUUGAAAUUAAAAUAUUGGCUACCCCUUA